UCGGCGGAAGGAAUGACAAAGCAUUUAGUGAUUUACCUAUGUUAUUGCAUUUUAUUGUGGAAAAGUUGCUUUGCAACUGAUUUCAAAGAGUUGAAUAAAAUCAGCACCGCUUCAUUCACGGAAUGGCUACAGCAAGUUAAUGUUGAAUACCUUGCUCUGAACCAACUAUCAUCUUCAUUUGCUUGGGAUCUAAUAGUCGAUCCUAAUUCUAUGGUUUACGAUGAAGCAUCACAAUUAGGCAAACACCGUUCCAAAUGGCAAAUCCAAAGAUGUACGGAAGCAGUGGAGAUAAACGUUGACAACAUAACUGACAUCCAAAAACGAAUGAUUUGGAUUCUCUGUCGUGGGCCUAGAUACACCGAAUACCAAGGAGGAGAACUAUCAAUGAUUUUGAAUGCAAUACAAAAUAUUUACUCGGAAACGGAAAUUUGUAUUCCCAAAGGUUUUGAUGUUUGUAUAAACUUCAAUAGACUUUGGGACUAUACCUACACUAGAACUCCUGAAAACGAACUUGUCAAGUUGAAUAUGAGACCAGUUGAACCUAAAUUGCGAAUUGACUUUAACCCUCUCAAUUAUUUCGAUGGGAAUCUCACCUACGCCGAUGACUAUUACAUUUUUCGAGGACUCAAAGGUAAAUCGCAUAAUCCGAAGGAAUUGGAAAUCGAUGAACAAAUUCGAAAAUCCGAACCAAUCUGUUUGGAUAUUGAAAGAGACUUGGAGAAAAUCAUGGCAGGAAACUUCUCAGCCCUUCAGAGGAUGGAUUGUGCUUUGCCACAAGAUGUGAUCACUCGAUGGGCUUGGGAAUCAUGGAGAUUGGCAAUGGGAUCAGAAAUUGGGAACUUAUAUCCGAAUGCUGUGUAUUUGAUGAAUCUUGGAGCACAAAAUAACGGUUACAAUGACAUUGGAGAAUGCUGGCGUGAGGAGCUAGAAAUUCCAGAUCUGGAAAAUUUCACGCAAAAACUUUGGCAUAAAGUAAAACCCUACUACCAAUUGCUUCACGGGGUCUUAAGAAACGUUCUCUUUAAAAAGUUUAAAAAUCAAGACAUUGACAUAAACGGUCCUAUUCCUGCCCACUUGUUAGGCAACAUGUGGUCUCAAGAUUGGAGUAGCUAUCAUAAGCUAUUAUCGCCCUUUUCAGAUGUCUACAUCGAGGAUAAUGUCCGUAAUUCAAACUGGACAACUCACGAUAUGGUCAAAAGAGCUGAGGACUUUUUCACGUCAAUGGGCAGAAAUCAGAUGACCACGAAAUUUUGGGAUCACUCCAAGUUUGAAAAGGCUAAUAACAACACCAAGUGUCAUGGAAGCGCUGGAAAUAUGUUUACUGCCGACGAUUACCGAAUGAUAGUUUGUGCCGAAACCACACUCAACGAUUUCUAUGUGAUUGUCCAUGAAAUGGGACACAUUGAGUAUUAUAUGCAUGUUAUGAAUCAGCCACCCCUCUUCCAAGAUGCAACAAAUUCGGCUUUUGGCGAGGCCAUUGGUGAUGCAAUAUUUUUGGGUAUCAUGAGUCCGCAACAUUUGAACAGGCUAGGAUUGUUGGAUGACAAGUUUUUAGCUCCAUCAAAGAAGCUUUCGACUAGAGAAAUACGAGUAGUUCAUGAAACCACUGAACCCAAGGAAUUCCUUAAAGCUCCAGUAGCUAAAAGUUUGCCCCAAAUAUCACCUGACGAAUUGUUUACACUUGGCAAUCGGCGAUAUCCUGACUUCGACUUAUUAAAUGCAAAAAUGGAUUCAUAUAUGCAUUUCAAGGAUUUACAUGAUAAGUCUAUCAACGAGUUUGAUCUGUCACAUCUGCUGCGUUUGGCUCUGGAAAAGAUUCCUCACAUCCCCUUUGAGUAUAUUUUGGAUCAAUGGAGAUGGAAAAUAUUUCGGGGAGAUGUCUCAAUUCGAGACGCAAAUACUUAUUUUUGGGAGCUAAGUUUGAAGGAGCAGGGUAUUCAUGCACCAGAUUGGAUAAAUCGACGGGAUUUCUUUGACGCAGCUUCUAAAUAUCACGUUGCAGAUAAUACUCCAUACGUGAGAUACUUUCUCUCAAGCUUUCUUCAAGUACAAAUCUUCAAAGGACUCUGUGAGAAGACAGUUUUCGGAAAAUUCAACACCGGUCAAGAACUCCCAAUGCCACUUCAUCGCUGUGAUAUUUACGGCUCAAAAAGAGCCGGUCAUAUUUUAAAAAAAGCCCUCUCCUUGGGUUCAUCAGUUCAUUGGACAGAAGUGCUUUACAUUUUGACCGGCAGUCGAGAAAUCUCCGCUCAACCGCUGAUCGAGUACUAUCAGCCUUUGUUCACAUGGCUCGAAAAAAUUGCAAUAGAAUACGAAAUCCCAGUCGGAUGGUGAAAGAAUGAAUAAAAC